CCCAUCUCAUCCACUCACCGACGUAGAGGAAACGCUGUCAUUGCCCAACAACUUGCUGACAUGUCCAGCCGCAAGCAACAGAGCCGCCGCACGAGCCGCAGCAUCGACAUCCCUUCAGCUGCAACUCCUGCGACGGUGCCCUCCGACGUACUAAACUCCCCUGACCAAGAACGAACACAUGCCUUCGAAGAGUACGCGAUGAACAGUGCCCCGUAUUCAUCCCACGACGUCGGCGCCGACUUCUCCCUCCACCAUAGCCUCGACACCGACCACGUCCAGUUUGUGCCGGCGGGCGCAAGAGACCUCGCGGAAUCUAACCACAUGUACCGCCACGCAUCCAUUCACAAUGCAUUCGCGUCAACUUCACCCUUCGCGUCGUACAGUUCGUCGCCAUUGACCAACUCUGGUUUUUACAAGGGUGCCGUCUAUAGCGCGUCGCCCCCAAUGAUGCCCAUGCUUGGAAAAACACCAAGUCCCGAGAGUCACCUGCAGAGCACACCGUUCAUCGUCCCAAGUACCGUUGGCCCCUCGUCGCCACUGCAGUCUUUCGAAAAGCAAUCUCCAUGUGUUAUCUCACCCCCGACGAUCGAAGUCGGGCUAGAGCAACAAGACUGCCCCGUGCCGCCGUUGCAUGUAAAGGAGCUGUACCACAAGGUAAACCCAUCCUUCCCGACCAAGUCAACCCCCGAAGAAUGCCUCGACUUCUUCGCCAACACCAUGUCGUCAUUGGGCUUUCAGUACACAAUCCAAAAGCCGUGGACGGUCGCCGUCACGGGGCUGCUCUGCGUCGAAGAAGUCGUGUUUACCAUCCAACUCAAGCAGGACACGGACAACGUCGUCGCCGACUUUCACUUGCAACAGGGGUGCGAACGCAACUUUUUGCGCCUGUUUGAAAUUGUGCGAAACCAUGCGCGGUCCCUCGACGCCCAACCCAUCCCUGCUGCAUUUGCUUCGUCGGCGGACUGGUUGAACGUGGAUUCGAUGCCAGAACUGUUUCCCGGGUCGUCUCUCCUGACGGCGGACAUGCUGCUCGAGUACUGUGAAGACUAUUUGCAGUUGGCUGAGGACAGCGCGACGUCCACCAGUUCGCGUGGCGACGCAGCAAGGUUGGAAAUGGCGGCUUGUAUCAAGAACGCGUGCUUGGCCGACAAGAAUCGCGAGCUCGUGAUCAAGUCGCCUGACCUGGCUGUCGCGUUCGGGUCGGCGCUGUACCGCAUGGUGCAAGACGACGUGGGUUCGAUUGUGCGGUUCGCAGUGUUCAUCCUGAGUCUCUUCGACGUGGCGAGUCUUGUUAGCCUCGCGGGUCAUGUCCACGUCAUGCUGGACAGCGAGAUGUUGUCUAUCUUGGACAAGAUGGAGACCCACGACCCGAUUCCGAAAAUGAAAUCCAUCGCGGCGUCCGUGCGAACGAAACUAGUGCCGUCGAAUUAACUUAUGCUGCAAGAACGUAAUACAUUAACAUCUUCCUUGUCAACACACAAA